UCUAUUAGUAAUAGCCAAGGACUGCAGAUGGCUUAAUUCAGGUCCCCGGAACUUUCAUCUCUGCUGCCCAUCCAAGAAUGCAUUAGGCGAAAUUACGUCUUUCUAAUUUUUUUAUUGUGAUUUAAAUGCAAAUAAGUGUCUCACACGCAAGAAUCCCCCACUCCCGCCCCCCCAUGCUCGCAUCCGCUGUAUCAAGUGACUGCUUAGACAACACUCCAGCCUGGUCCGCGGAAGCAGCUGGGGUUUCGACCAAGCUGGGCUCAGGAGCCAGUUGUUGGCGCUGUCCGUGGUGCUGAGGAAUUCCCGGCUGCCGGCAGGAUGAGCUCCGAAUCAGCAGUCUGCAAACUGCUCCCAGCGAAGGCAAACCCCAGCUAAAGUUGCGCCUUUCCUUCACGUUCACAGUUAGAAUCUUCUGGUGUGUGAGGAGGGAUUCCGUCAACACACUGUGGACGAUGCUGACGGUUCUGCCGGUGGAGUGGGCUCUAAGCUUCAGUACGCUGUUUCUGUUUGUGAUCCUCAGAGCCUAGCCAAGUCACCUCUACUGCCGUAGCAAACACUGUGUAAGUGAACCCAUGUGUGGAGGAGGCGUAAUCAGCCAGGAAAUUUCAUAGAAGGAUCUAAGAAAAUGCUAAAAAUAAGUUCAACAUGAUUCUGCUACCAGGGUCCGGAUUUCCACAGGACCAGCAUUGCUGCUUGCUUUGAAUUCUGAAGACAGGUCCAAAGCAUAUUUCUUAUGUGUGUCUGCUGUGUUUCUCUCUGGAAGGGUGGGAGACUGCUUCUUGGCUGUGUUUUGAAAUGGGAGGUAGAGAGGAUGGAUUACCUUUAAUUCACGCCUGAAAAUGCAUUCUUUGGGUGACUAAAGAGGACCGGCUUUCCAAAGACAUACCUGACCUUUAAGUUCAGAUUGGUCUGUGACCCACCGCACCACCAUUAGCCUCAGAGUGACUAGCCCACCCCUCUUGCAUUCCCAUGGAAGGAGCUGAGUCUAUUUAAUAUUAGGAGAGCAUCCAGAAGUCUGUGAGGAGGGGCAUGGCUCUUCAUAUUCAUGAAGCUUGCAUACUUCUAUUGGUCAUCCCUGGAUUGGUCACCUCUGCCGCCAUCAGUCACGAAGACUAUCCUGCUGAUGAAGGUGACCAGGCUUCCAGUAAUGACAAUCUGAUCUUUGAUGACUAUCGAGGGAAAGGGUGUGUGGAUGACAGCGGCUUUGUAUACAAGUUGGGAGAACGGUUUUUCCCAGGACAUUCCAACUGUCCAUGUGUCUGUGCUCUAGAUGGACCUGUUUGUGACCAGCCAGAAUGCCCUAAAAUUCAUCCGAAAUGUACAAAAGUGGAACACAAUGGAUGCUGUCCCGAAUGUAAAGAAGUGAAAAACUUUUGUGAAUAUCAUGGAAAAAAUUACAAAAUCUUGGAGGAAUUUAAGAGAUUUUUCAAGACUGACAAGGAGGCAUUUCUGACGCUCACUCUAGGGCUGUUUUCACUACACCUUAUCAGCCUGCCCUCUCCAUGUGAAUGGUGUCGCUGUGAGCCCAGCAAUGAAGUUCACUGUGUUGUAGCAGACUGCGCAGUUCCUGAGUGUGUCAACCCAAUCUAUGAACCAGAACAAUGUUGUCCUGUCUGCAAAAAUGGUCCCAACUGCUUUGCAGGAACUACAAUAAUUCCAGCUGGCAUUGAAGUGAAAGUGGACGACUGUAACAUCUGUCACUGUCACAACGGGGACUGGUGGAAACCCGCUCAGUGUUCAAAGCGCGAAUGCCAAGGCAAGCAGACUGUGUAGGGCAAAUUCCCGAACGGUGACAAGUUCUAGGAAGGGAUGCUAUGGCUUCUACACUGCACAUGUCUAACACUCAACCACACGAGCAAACAAACUCCUGCCAGCUACAACAGGGUCACCAGCAAAACCUUCUGGGGUUGACAAAAGUGAUUAUUUUACGAAGAGGAAAUUUCUCUCUCUUUCUCUUGCUAUAUAAAAUAUACAGAGCAUAUGGCUAUCUAAACCACUUUUGUAAUUACCAAUGCUUGAUGGUGACUUGACGCCUGAGAUUUCUGGGACAAGAAAGAAAGCAAACAACCUUGGACAGGCUCCCUCCCAGGUGAUGCCUCUGACCUACCAAUCCAUGUCCCUUGAUUUACUACAUUUUUACUCUGUUGGCGCGUACUACACUUUUCUCUUCUGUAUUUUCUACCUUUGGAAUCUAAAGGGGUCAGAUUUGACUGCACAGUAAAGUUUUGUGUUGCAUCAGAAGUGUUUGAGAAAGAAACUUUAGAGGGAAACAUCCUUCCAGAGGGGGAAGGUGGAAGAGGGUCCAAGCCGCGGCUCUCUUGGGGCAGUUACUGUGUCUGUAGGCUAAGAAACAGAGUGGUAAACUGGGUCCUCUGUACACCAACGUGAGGAACAACUAGUCCAUGUCCAACAUGUUGGGGCUCACUGUUGAUUCUUACUAACCACACAUUUCAUCCACAAAACUUUGAAACUGCCAAUCAGAAACAAGUAGAUGAAGAACGCCAUGAGUUGACUGAAGAACCCAAAGAGAUAGGUAUUUAAAACUGUAGCAUUGAAUCACCACCAGACAUCUUCAUGAUGCCAGCUUUGAGUUUGGUUGAUAAACACACCACAAAGCCCACCUUGUCACCAGGCAAUAGAAAUACCAGAACCAGGGUGAGUAGCCCCACUGUGAGUCAAUCUUUCUAAACACUUUUAACUCUCAAGUUCCAAUUUGGCUGGAAGCCAGUCCUAUACACAGAAGUUUUUAUGGUUUGGGACUGUGUUUACCAUGUUCCAGUAACAACCACUCAGCCCUAAAUCUAAAAUCCAGAUUCAGGACACUUUCCACCUUAAGUGCUGAUGUAAAAUAAAGAUUAGGGUAGAGUGACUCUUGCACAAUAUAAUUUCAUUAGUUGAACAUUUUUAAUGUAUAUAUUAGAUACUGAACUAUUAAAAUGAACCUUUGAAGAGUCUCAAGGUUGCCCUGGUAAUGCUGCUAGUAUAAUAACAGAAAAAAAUAAUAAAAGAAAUACACAGGGUAUCUUAUGCCAUCGGCAGUCAACUGCAAAAUUCACAGUUCUGAGACCACAUGACCCAGUUACUUAUCCACUAUCCGUCCUAAAACCCCUGGUGCAGAUCUGAUAGGGAAACAUCAAAAUUUUCUUCAUCUCCAGUUGUCUUUCUUUUUCCUGUUUUCUGCUCCCAAACACAGUCUGGGUUUCGUGUGGCUUCCGUGGAGGAACACAUCAUGCAGAAGGACAUCUCAACCUCAGUCUCUGCCAUUUGGGGCCAGGCUGGUAGGAGUUAUGCUGCACACUCUUAGGAUGCUAAGUGACAUUCCUGAAUUUCAUCCACUAGGUCCAGGAACAUCCACCUGGUUAUAUCAACCAAAUGUCCUCAGACAUUGCCAAAAGUCCUCAAGGGGUGUGGGUAGGGAGCAAAACUUCACCUGGCUGAGAAGCUGUGUCCUUCAGCUGUAUCAUUUCUGCCACGUGACAUGCCGGGCAGCUCUGACUGCACACACAUGGCUUUUUUGAGCCCCUGAGCCCUUUGGAUCAUACACAAACAGUAACCCCAGGGUCAAUCUCCUCCCUACCAAGUGAUGCUUCUAAGACCCACUCUCUGGACACCAGUUUCCUUAGUCUCGUAAAUUACUUUUCUCACUUAAAGUUGUCAGCCUGUCCUCCCCAGAAGCACCACCUGUCAUCAAGAAAGAGAUGUCAUUUCCAAAAUUAAUGUGCCGACGAGCCAGACCUGACACUUUUACACACACUGGGCUUGUGUUAUGGUACAAAUAACCAUCCCGGUGCCAUCCGAGGAAGAACAUCCAGCCGCCUUUCUUUAGAACACCAAUUUGUUGCAAGGUUGGUGCCUUUCAGUUGCCACUAUGGAUACAUCAUAGAGACAGCCAUGAAUCUUUCAUGAGCAAUUCUGCAUGAUUUAUGCCUGCACUCAAAAGCAAAGGCACCGCACACUUCAGCCUGUGUCUAGACAAAGUUGUACUCUACAGCUCUCUUUGCCCUGAGGUUGCCUAUUGACAGUCCCCCAAAUCCACACUCUUGAAAGGAAAUAAUAAUGAUAGUUAUUAUUAUUAUUAUUAUUAUUAUUAUUAUUAUUAUUAUUAUUAUAAAUGACAGGAAUGAGAGCUAAAACUAAAAACAAAUCACUGAUAGAGCCAUGUAGCAUAGACCCUUAUCUAUCAUUAAGGAGUUAGUAUGUCCUUGUUAGAAACAAAGAAUGUGCAACUUGGAAGCCAAGGUAUAGAAAUUUUGCAUAAGAGUCUGAGCCCACUGAUCCUCACAGCCAGGAUUUGGUGGGAUAGAGUGUAACGUCCAUCAAAACUCUCUUCAGAGAGUUCGCCGCUGGCAGCCGUACAAUGGCCGCUAUUAGAAACUUGAGAAGGAGAUUUUCAUCACUGUUCAUGUCGGGUUGGGCCUGGUUUCUUUUGUCUGUUUAGUAUAUUGUUUUGGUUUUUUUUUUUUUCCAUUCCACUACAAUUCCUUGAAUACUCCCAACCACCGAUGCUCUCCCACUUUUAGGGAUGGACAAACCUAUACUGUGACAGAAUUUCUCAUAAACCGAUAACCAUGUAACAACUUCCUUCUAGCCAUGUCACUGAGCUGUUCUUUCCAAACCUCGGAAUGUCAGAGUUCUUCUCAAGGUCUCAUCAUUUUGUUGUGGUGGUUGUUAUUUCUUUUGAAGGCUUUGAUUACAGCCACACAGUCACCUCUGUGUUAUCCUUUCUCUUCUGCCUUUGGGUCUCGGCUUUAAAUUCAGCGAUGUUUAAAUAAGGGAUCAGCAUCCAGUUUAUCAGCUGAUGCCUGUUAAACUGAUGCAGUUUCUAAAAUCUUUGAAAAAUGGUGUGCCUGAAAACUAGUGAGAGAGAGAGAAAAAAAAAACACUAAAUAAUAAACUGUAAAAAAAAAAAGGGGGAUUCUAGCAACAAUAUUUGAUGUGUAAAAGAAUAUAUUAUUAAAAAAUUAUUUUGUUAAAUAUAAAGUGUGUUAACCAGUGACCAUUGUUUGUGGUAUAUUUUCCUGCCCACGUUUCUCUUUUCUCCACUCCUUCUUAUUCAAUGAUGAAGUCACAAUGGCAUCUGUCAUCCAACAGCACAUACGCCAUUACAGCUGUAGCUGAAGAGAAUUAAGCUUUAACUCUAGUAUUUACCUGAGUGCAUUUUCAUUUUUCAAAAUCUUAGGCAAGGCUGACUUGGGGGAAGGGGAGGUAUCACUGAAAAAGGCUCAAAUAAACUACAAGUGAGAGUAUUUUAAAUGGUAGAGUCAAAAACCUUUCCUUCCUCCACACCCAUACUCAGCACUACAGUGUUUGAAUGUUCAGACAUGUCAAGGACAGUGUGAGCCUCAGAGACCACAGCAUCAUGGUCAGUCUCCAUAACACAGCUACAAAGAAGGAAUACUGCCUGUGUUCUGAUGACUGAGAAAAUGAGAAUAUAAAGAGAUGAAUCUAACAUCAUGAGAUGAGAAAUUUAUUAUGAAAAUUUCCAAAUAGUCAGAAAAAUAGCAUGAGUGUCCUUUGCUUCCUCAUUGUCCUAAUCCAGAGGUUACUAUGAUUUUGGAAAAUAGUUAACGUACUAUUUUCUAUCCAUAUCAUCAAGCAUGUAUCCAUUCAUCUCUGAAAUGAAAUAAUCAUCAGUUUUUUUUAAAAAAAGGUAGUAUUUUCUUACAAAACUGUGUUGUUAUACUAACAAACUUAGCAAAAUUAGUAACCUUAUGACUGUCCAGUAUCCAGUUCGUAUUCAGAACUCUUAGACUUUUUUUAAAUAUGAGAAGUAAGUUUGUUUAUAUAUCCAAAAUGGCCUUAUAUUUGGUUGGUGUGCCUCUUAAAUCUAAAAUAUAGAUUCGAACCUUGACAACCUUAUCUUAAAACUCUGACAAGACUCAAGGGUUUGUUGCUAUUUGAAAAUUUUUACUGAGACUGUUACUCUUCAAGCCCAUGUUUGACCUCAACCUCACCCAUUGACUUACAAUAAACAAGGAUCCAGGUCCAGAGCAAGCACCAUGGCUGGUGACUAGUACCCAGAAUACAUGCCUUCGUCUUUUUUGUACACAAACUCUACUUGGGAAGUAAAAAUGAACUCUUAUUGUCAUGCUCCUUGAGCCAAACCCACUGCCUAAUAUCAAGUUAUGUGAACAAUAUUUUAUAAUGGCCAUGAGUUUCUGCAUUACUAGAGAAUAAAAAAAAAUAUCCACUAGGAAAACAGCAUGGUGUACCUAAGCACAUAAAAACACAUCUGUAUCACGCCAACAUUUUCAUAAAACAAAAUUAGACUUUCUUGCAUUUAAAUUCCCAUACAUUCAAUUUUCUACUCCCUAUGUCCUCAAAGUUUCAUAGGGCCAAUACCCGAGAAGCAUGGGAGAGAACUAUAAACCAAGGCACAGACCUAAUUAGUUGAUGCUAUUUGAAGUUUGAUGUUGAGAAUAGUACUCUUCUACAGAAAGGUAUUUUCAUGAUUUUGAAAGGCAUAAUGUCAUCUCGGAGUCACCAAACUCACAUGUGUUUUCUGACUACACUUUUUUAUAUGAAUGAGAUUAACGCCCAAAUUGUCCUGUGUGGUAUAAACACCCUCAUGUCCCUAAUCAAUCUUAUGCACUAAGAAGGCAGACUAUUCAUUAGAAAAAAGUUAAAUGAAUGAAUGAAUUAGGGAAUGAGGAGACAGCUCAGCGGGUAAAGUAUUUGCCCCCCCACCCAGGAAACCUGAGUUCAGAUCCCCAUCACCCAGGUCAAAAAGCUGGGCACAGCAGUCCUGUGGAUUGGAAAGUGAAAACAGGGGGAUCCUGGGGCUUCUGGGCUGUCUCAUCUCACCUGAUGGUAAACAGCUUUUAAAAAAGGAGGGAAACAAUAAGGAAGACACCUGAAGUUGACUUACAGUCUCAACCUACACAUGGACCUGAACACAGUGUGUGCACCCACAAACAUACAUGCAUACACCCACCGCUCCCCUCCUCACACAGUGAAUCCCUGAGAAUUUCUACCACUGGAUUUUAUGGGUUCAAUUUAUUUUUCUAUUACAAAUAUUUUCAGGGGCGGCCAUAACAUGACUUUCGUUUUGACUUUUCAAAAUGUUGACCUUAUCUUUCUUUCCAUUCCAAAUGCUAAAUACUUCCCAUACUCCCAUUACAAGUGGGUUUUUGAGGAAGCUUAUUCUCAAACAGCUACACUGCUACAAUUAAUUUUAAGUUGAAAAGUUUUCCAGUAAAAGACAAGUUUCUUCAAAUAAAUAAUCAUAUAUGGUAACAAGAAUGGGAGGAACUGGGAUAUAAAACUCAGCUACCAUUACUUGAGUUUCUUGGUGUGGCAGACACUGUAUUGGCUGCUGUACAUAAGACAAUGACUUGCAUUUAUUGGUUCGGGAAUCCUCACAGCUAUAAUGCAGUUAUCACCAUUUUGAAGACUAUAACAUAGAGGCCAGAGGACAUUUUGGUUUUCCUAGGCUUACAUGCUUAUGCAGAACUAUCUUCAUAUAGAGUUGAAAACAUUGGAUAGAAGAAUAACAUAAAGUAGUUUAAAUUAAAACCUAGAAGGUCCAAAUGUAGAUCAGCUGCCGUUAUUAGGACUGGAGGAGUUAGAAAAAAGGUAGAUGAAAUGAUGUUGGAUUUGACUAUGGUAUCUUAUGUAUGAUUUGGGUAUUUGUUUAGAGAAACAAUAUUGUAAAACAGAAAACAACGAAUGGUAUAGUUUGAAGGUGCCAAACAAUCAGAUUUGAUUUGAGUAUGAGGCUACAGAGGCAGGCAUACACUAAGAGAUGCAUCUGGGAAGAAAAUCCAAUUGUCAAGACCUGGAAACCCAUACUAAGAAAAUUGGACUUGCUUUUUAUUAACAUUGUGGAGUAAUUAUAAUAAAACCAGAAGGUAUCAUGGCCAUAUUCACAUCUUAUCUUAAACAACUGUGACAGCAGAUUGAAGAAUGAGAUGGAGACCAGCGAGAGGUGGGGACACCAAUGGGAGACAGUUACAAAGGCCCAGGGAAGAAAGAAUGAGAAUCUGAUGUAGUAGGAGUGAGACCCAAACAUGGCAGCUGGUACCAUAGCUCUUCAUGGAGGAUCAAUUGGGAAGUCUAGAAUGUAAACAGUCACAUCGCUGGAUCAUGGGAUUACAAGGAUGCUGUUACCAAUGACAACAAUCAAUGAUGUGGAACCUAUGCUUCACUUGGAGUGGUACCUGAUCUCACUUCAGGACACUGUGCCAAAGUUGCUAGCAACAAAUUAGGUCUUCAGCAUCAACUACAUAUAUCUAUCUGUCUCCCCGGCACCACACCUGUUUGCCAACAUACUUUCAUCUUGACUUGAGUAAUGGCAACUUGGAUAGCCAAACAUCACCACUGAUCAGAUGGUUGUUUUUUUUUUUUAAAUAUAAUAAUCUUGAGAAGAAAUUCUAUAUUUGGAAGGUAAGAAGAAAACAAUUAUUUUGCUAGUUUUUCACAAAUGUUAAUCUCAGACUAAUAUUUAUCUGCAUACUGCGAGACAAAAGUACCUGUGGGCCUCUAGCAUUUGCCUCCACACAUGUUCCUCUAGAAUACAAAAGAUUGGCUCUUUGUUUUCCACAUUGUUGUUCAGCAGGAUUCCUGAAAUUAAAAAGAAAGAAAGAAAGAGAGAGAGAGAGAGAGAGAGAGAGAGAGAGAGAGAGAGAGAGAGAGAGAGAGAAAGAAAGAAAGAAAGAAAGAAAGAAAGAAAGAAAGAAAGAAAGAAAGAAAGAAAGAAAGAAAGAAAGAAAGAAAGAAAAGGAGUUUUGUAAAUACCCAUUGUGGCCAUCUGUUUUUGUUUUUCCAUGGAACAUAUCAGGGUAAAUCGGUUGUUAGAUUGUUAAGUCCCAAGAAGACCUUUUAAUGUGAGGUCUCCAAGAUGCCUAACUUCCUACAUGCACACAGGUGCACAUACACACACACCAGCAUCAACACCACCACCACCACACACACCACAUACACCACACACAUCACACACCACACACACACACACACACACACACACACACACACACACACACACACACACACACAAACACACACACACACACACACACGCUUUUUGUUGUGGUUGUUGUUGUUUCAUUUCUUAUUAAAUUAAUCACAACAUUGGGUCAGCCAGGCCCAUUAACUGCAUUUUUCAUUUAGACCCUUCAGAGAGGCAGCUGCAAAUGCAAUUUAAUUUGUUGACCCAUGAUCGAUAGCAAUUAAUAGCAUCUCUUUAAUCUUGUUGAAAGGCCUAUCUCUGGCUUCCAGUAGCCACCAUCUCAGGGGACAGGUAUCCACACAGGCAUGUUGGUUAGCGUCUAGUUUCCCUCACCCUUGUACUUUUCUAGUGAUGGUGUCCCUUUUAGAAGUUACCGUUCACUGUGUGUUUUCAGACAUCACUCCAAAGCUCAUCUAGGCUCUCUUUUAUAUCUCCUCCCCUGCAAGUUCAAGGUCGAAAUAUUAGGGACCUGUACUGCUAAGGAAAAAAAAAAACUAUAAAAUACUUUUUAACCCAGAAAAA